GGAACAGACUCCAUCAAAUAAAACCCACCGACAUCCUGCCCUGCCGCCGUAACGUAAAAGGGAGGCGGAGGGAAAGAGAAAAGGGAAAACCCAACUCGCCUCGUCCAGUACCGUUGCUCUCUCACUCGUCUCCUCCGACCGCCAUACAAUUUCUUGUGCAAGCGCGGUCUUCUCGAUCCAAUGACGCUUCCAAAGGAUAUACCUGGUUUCUACUAUGAUUCUGAGAAAAAUCGUUAUUUUCCUACUAAAGGCCCGAUUCCGGGCUCAAAGCGUCCGCCUUCUGCGUCAGCCGCGUCUUCUUUGACAAAGCGAGCUGCGAAUGGGAAGCUCUCUAGUCCAGACCAGGACUAUCUAAUUCACAAAUCAUGCAAAAGAAAACACUUAAAAUCAUCUGUGCUACUUCAAUUCAGAGAAUUGCAUGGUAGAUCCAUCUUUUCCAAUAGACAUAGAUGCAACUUUGAACAAGAGUAUCAGAAGUUGCAAGCUUCCCGUGCGAUGAUAUGGAGGUAUUCUGACUCAGCUGGUGUAUCUGGUAGUGCAUUGGAACAAUUGUCUGGCAUUGUUCAAACACCAAAAGGGUUGAAGCAAAAGAAUAUUUUGCCAGUUGGCUGUAGGAAUGGAUAUCUUUGUUUGUAUGAUGUUUCUACUAGUACCCAUAGUUUGGAUUAUUCAUCUGAGUGCACGCCAGAGUUCAUUUGGCCAUCUAGUGAAAAACAAAUUCAACAGGAUUCUGCAAUUGCUAGUUUAUGGCAUCUUAUAUCUCCAUUUCCAAUUUUGUCAUCUACAAUUAUCAGCAUAAAAAGGUUGAGAAGGAACUGUCCAGAUGGGGCUGAGAGUGUCCCUUCCUUUAAUGCUUUGUUGAGCACCUUUGGAUCAGAAGCGAUUGGUGGUUCUGUUUGUAUUCUAAAACUAGAUCAACCUAUCGAUCAACAUUAUCCUAGCCUUUGUAGCCAGAUCGUACAACUUGUGUCGUUGGAUCGCACCACUAUAUGGACAUCUGAUUGUAAUCCACAAGGGACACAAGCAGUGAUUGGUUCUAAUCGUGGAUCUGGUUUGAUAGACUUGGAAUCAAGAAAAGUAUCAUGGUUAUACCAUAAUGGAAGUGAUGCCUUGUCGCAGCAGUUUGUUCAUCCGGGAAACAUUGUUUUAUCUGGACAUAGAAAUGGAGUAAUUAAUUCAAUUGAUAUCCGGCAAAAGCAAUCACGAAUUCCUGAACAUGCAUCUGGGUAUCCUAGAAGGUUGAAUUUUGACACAAAAUUUCGUGGUCAUCCAUUCAGAAAUGAGAAAAGCGCUGGCAACCAAAAAUAUAAGUCAGGUAGAAAUUUGAACUCAUCUGAUGUUGUCUACAUGCCCAAAGCUGUUUGCAGUCUGGUGGCACUUCAAUCAGAUGAUCAAUAUUUCCUGGCAAGCUCCUUGGACGGAUCUAUCAACCUCUAUGACCGCCGCCUACUUAAAAAAGGAGCCGUUCAAUCCUAUGCAGGACAUGUGAAUUCUUACACUCAUUUGCAACUUGGCGUGAACCCAUCUGAAACACUAGUUGUCUCAGGUGCAUUUCAUUUUAGUUUGGUUAUUGGUGCAUAUUUUAUUGCCCUUGUUAGCAGAUCAGUCUCUAAGAAAUCCAUACCAGGUGGGGAGGAUUGCUUUUUGCGUAUUUGGAGCAUCAAGAGCGGUGAACUAGUAUUCGGAGAAAAAGUAUCAAAUUCCAAACUUACAUCCAUUUGCUGGCCGAAAACUCUGACAUGCUUCACCGAGGAUUCCUGUAUGUCCAACCAUAGCUUGGGUGCAUGGCUGGGAUCACCUGACGGGCUAUUUUACAUGCAUGGCUCUUGAUCUAGCUUAAUAGAGUGUAGGUAACACUUCUGUUCGAAGAAAAAUAGUGGCACCUGUAACUUAUAACCAUUAAAUUUAGCUGAUAUACCUAUUCAAGACAUUGCUCGAGGCGACUUGCUGCUGUUAAAGUUGGUUCCCCCAAGCCACCUUGCUUUUCCCUACUAAUUUGAUUAGGUUUCUUUGUUCCUAGGCUUACAUGUAAAUUAUACUGAUUAACAGUUCUUUAUGUAUGAGCUUUCGAGAAUGAGAAAUUUUGUAUAAUUA